CUCAACAUGAAGCCUCCGCAUGACGUUGCUGUGCUCCUGCUUGCGCUGCUCUGGCCUGCGUGCUUGUGCAGGAACGAGGAGGAGCGCCUGAUCAACUACCUGUUAAAGGAACGCGGAUACAACAAGGAGCUGCGUCCCGUGGAGAGGCAACAGGAUGCCGUCAACGUCACCCUCGCUCUCACGCUCUCAAACCUCAUCUCCUUGAAAGAAGUGGACGAGACUCUGCUCACCAACGUCUGGAUCGACCAUACGUGGACGGAUUACAGGCUGACGUGGAACACGAGCGAGUUUGACGGCAUAGAUAUGCUGCGCUUGCCGUCCAACAUGGUGUGGCUGCCCGAGAUCGUGCUGGAAAACAAUAAUGAUGCGCAGUUCCAGGUGGCCUACUACAGCAACGUGCUGGUUAACUAUGAAGGGCUAUGCUACUGGUUGCCCCCAGCCAUCUUCCGCUCAUCUUGCUCCAUCAACGUCAACUAUUUCCCCUUCGACUGGCAGAACUGCACCCUCAAGUUCACCUCACUGACGUACAACGCCAAAGAGAUCCGAAUGCUCCUGAAGACGGAAACGGACGACGACGGCAACAAGUGGACAGUCGAGUGGAUCAUCAUCGAUCCGGCCAGCUGGGCCGAGAACGGCGAGUGGGAGGUGAUUCACCGUCCGGCCAAGAGGAACACGUACAAACACAUUCCCAUGGAGAGCAACAAGCACCAGGACAUCACCUUCUACCUCAUCAUCAAACGCAAACCGCUCUUCUACAUCGUCAACAUCAUCAUCCCCUGCGUGCUCAUCUCCUUCCUGGCGUCGCUCGUCUACUACCUGCCCGCCGACAGUGGUGAGAAGAUGACGCUGUCCAUCUCUGUGCUGCUUGCUCAGUCUGUCUUCCUGCUGCUGAUCUCUCAAAGGCUUCCAGAAACUUCCAUCUCCGUCCCGCUCAUUGUCAAGUACCUGAUGUUCAUCAUGGUGCUGGUGACAGUGGUGGUUUUGAACUGUGUUGUGGUUCUCAACCUGCACUUUAGGAGCCCAAGCACACAUGUCAUGUCUGAGUGGACCAAGAGGUUGUUUCUGGAGCGACUUCCCCGCCUCCUGCUCAUGUCCCGGCCGGCGGAGUCCGAGCCGUACUGGAACGGCGCAUUGCAGCGGCGGUCUAGCUCGGCCGGCUACAUCGCAUCGGCCGAGGAGUACUACAGCGUCAAGUCCCGCAGCGACUUGAUGUUCGAGAGGCAGUCGGUGAGACACGGGCUCGUGACCCGGCCCGCGCACGCCACAGUAAAAAAACUGCAGGAGGAGGGUGGCGUCACUGAGCAGCUGUACGGGGAAAUCAAGCCGGCGGUGGACGGAGCAAACUACAUCAUCAAACACAUGCGCAACAAGAACGACUACAAUGAGGAGAAGGAUAACUGGAGCGGCAUCGCUCGCACCGUGGACCGUCUGUGCCUUUUCCUGAUUACCCCAGUGAUGAUCUUUGGCACCAUCAUCAUCUUCCUAAUGGGCCUCUACAAUCACCCCCCGCCGCUGCCCUUCGCUGGAGAUGCUCACAACUACAGGGAGGACAACUCACGGCUGCUGUGACGCACAUGCACACACAUAAUUCACAAUUGUUCUGCUUUUUUUUACUUGUGUGGCUUGUUUUCUUUCAUUUGAGGUUACGAUUCAAGAAGCAGCAUCAUACAAUGAUAAUAAAAAAACAUGUACAAACAUACAAACACAGCACAACUUUAGCAAAUUCAUUAAGAGACUUUUAAUAAGGCUAACUAUUAUCAUUUAUAGUGCUGUCAAGAGAUUUAAAAAAUGAGAGAUGAAUUUGAUUAAUUACAGAUAAUGAGUCUAAGUUGAAUGUCACAUAAAAAUUACUGCCCUCAACUUGAGGUAAUUUCAUUUUAAUUCAUUAUAUUAUUUUGGCAGGUCAAAAGAUUGAUACAAAACAGAAAAACAUGGCUUUAUAAAGUAAUUUAUUGUUUUUGCAUACUUGAACAGAUGCAGGCCUCGCCAUUUACAUUCCGCUGUAUUUGAGACCAGUCCCAAGUGCUGCCUGCCACCUUUAGUUUCUACCAUCAGGCGGAAUAUUGUUGUGUUGUUUUGUCAAUAUUCAAACAUCCAUCCAUCCAUUUUCUGAGCCGCUUCUCCUCACUAGGGUCGCGGGCGUGGUGAAGCCUAUCCCAGCUGUCAUCGGGCAGGAGGCGGGGUACACCCUGAACUGGUUGCCAGCCAAUCACAGGGCACAUACAAACAAACAACCAUUCGCACUCACAUUCACACCUCUCCAAUUAAUGCAUGUUUUUGGGAUGUGGGAGGAAACCGGAGUGCCCGGAGAAAACCCACGCAGGCACGGGGAGAACAUGCAAACUCCACACAGGCGGGACCAGGGAUUGAACCCGGGUCCUCAGAACUGUGAGGCUGACGCUCUAACCAGUCGGUCACCGUGCCGCCCAAUAUUCAAACAAUUACAAAAAAAGUUAAACAUCAGGUCCAUAUAAAGUGCUGAAUUUAACACAUAAAAAAAUAGUAAGAACACUUUUCUAAGCAAUAAAAGUAUUGAACACUGAACUUGUUGCUUUUCAUCUUCUUCACAUAAGAUAAAAUAAAGCAGACAGAUAAAAGUGCCUGGUUUCUGUAUUUACAACGGUCAAUGCAAAUGCAAAUUUCCUUUCGCCGUCGUACAUCUUGCUGAUUUGGGAUGUCACUGUAGUGCUGCACGGUGGUUUGUAUAAUAGGUCAAUGGACGCAAUUUGCAACACGUUAAACCCUUGUCAUCCACUAUGUUUAUUUCUUUAUGGAGUUCAUUGCGAUCCACUUGGCAAGAACAUUCUUCAACUGUUGGUCGCAGAUUUGCUCAUGGCACAUCACAAUCAUGUACAACCGAUGAUAAAAUGAAGGGCUUUUUUUUUCUUCAGUUCAGUGCCCUAAUGUCGCAAAUGGAGACAACGACAUGGCUAACAGAUGAAACUGGAAAAG